CAUGCACUGCUCUUCCGUUUCGUCGGUCGCUUUGAGGCCUUGGCCUGGUGACUUCCUAUCAUUCUUCCGCAUCUUCCCCCUCCUCAAUCCGUCAAAUCACACUCGACGGUAGCUCUCUUCCAUACGAACCGAGCACUGUCCUAUUCCUUCCUCCUCGCACCCUUGGGGCAACCUCUUUUCGGUCAUCCAUGAAAUCCUAUCCACCUCACACACUCGAGUCUCGCUCGUUCUAAAGAAGACUCCCUGUGAUCCCAUGUUUCUCAGUGUGGUCCCCUAUAGUCCGCAAUAUGGCUUACCAUUCUCUCAAUCUAAACAGGGCAAAGUCGCCGAACUGCGCCAGGAGCUCAACAGCGGUGGGAAAAAGGAUAAGAACCAUUCGGCCAAGAAGAUCGCCCUCAAGAAGAUUGUCGCAAACAUGACGAUGAGCAACAAUGACAUGGUAGCCUUGUUCCCGGAUGUGAUCGGUUGCAUGAACCUGCCCAGUCUGGAAAUCAAGAAGAUGUGCUUCCUGUUUCUGGUCAACUACUCCAGGGCGAAGCCGGAUAUUGCGCUCAAGGCGUUGCCGAUUCUGGUCGAUGAUAUGGAAGAUUCCAACCCGCUCGUGCGUGCUCUGGCUUUACGAACGAUCUCAUAUGUCCACGUUCGCGAGUUUGUUGAAGCCACAGUCGCACCGGUCAAGCGAUUGAUGCAGGAUAUGGAUCCCUACGUCCGGAAAACGGCCGCCUUUUGCGUCGCGAAGCUCUACGAGCACGAUAAGAAGAUGGUUGAAAGCUCCGACCUGAUCGACCGGUUGAACAGCAUGCUUAAGGACGAGAACCCGACGGUGGUAUCCAGCGUCCUUGCCUCCUUGGUAGAUAUUUGGGGACGGAGUGAAUCGAUCUCUCUCACCAUUGACUACGCCAGCGCGUCGAAGCUGGUUUCGAUCCUACCAGACUGCUCUGAGUGGGGGCAAUCAUACAUUCUCGAAGCCUUGAUGUCCUAUGUUCCUCAAGAUUCCGCUGAAGCGCUCUUGCUGGCAGAGCGUAUUGCUCCUCGCCUGUCGCAUUCCAACUCUGCCGUCGUUCUGACUUCGAUCCGGGUCAUCCUUUACCUCAUGAACUAUAUCGCCGACGAGAGACAUGUUACCUCGUUAGCGAAGAAGUUGUCACCGCCCUUAGUCACCCUUCUCUCCAAGCCCCCAGAAGUCCAGUAUUUGGCUUUACGCAAUGCCAUCUUAAUCCUACAGAAGAGGCCGGAAGUCCUACGGAACGAUAUCCGCGUCUUCUUCUGCAACUACAACGAUCCGAUCUAUGUCAAAGUAACGAAGCUGGAAUUAAUAUUCAUGCUGACUACGAAAGAAAACAUCUCUGUGGUGCUCGCGGAGCUCAGGGAGUAUGCCACAGAGAUCGAUGUCCAUUUCGUGCGCAAGGCAGUGCGCGCGAUUGGCAAAUUGGCGAUCAAGAUCGAGUCGGCCGCACGGCAGUGUAUCGACACCCUCCUUGACCUGGUCAACGCAAAGAUUCCCUACAUCGUCCAGGAAGCGACCGUGGUCAUCCGAAACAUCUUCCGCAAAUACCCCAACCAAUACGAGAACAUCAUCAGUAACGUCAUCCAGAACAUCGACGAGCUCGAUGAGCCAGAGGCCAAGGCCGCCAUCAUCUGGAUAAUCGGACAAUACGCGGACCGCAUCGAGAACUCCGACGGCCUUCUUCAGGACUACCUCGCCACCUUCCACGACGAAACCAUCGAGGUUCAACUGGCCCUCCUGACCGCAACGGUGAAGUUCUUCAUCCAACGCCCAACCAAGGGCCAGCAGCUGGUCCCUCAAGUGCUGAAGUGGUGCACGGAGGAGACGGACGACCCCGACCUCCGCGACCGAGGGUACAUGUACUGGCGGCUCCUCUCCACCGACCCCGCGGCCGCCAAACAAGUCGUCAUGGGCGAGAAACCGCCGAUCAGCGCGGAGAGCGAGAAACUCGACCCGAAGACGCUAGAGGAGCUGUGCUUGAAUGUCGGCACGCUGGCCACGGUAUAUCUGAAGCCCGUCCAGCAGGUCUUCCGCAAUGCGCGGACCAGACGAUUGCAGUACAGCCCCGCCCUGCAGAAGCCGCAAGAGGAAGCCACCAGCGCCGCCAGCUGGCAGUUUCCCGCUGCGGCGGCACAGGCCGCGGCCAGUAGUCCCACGGCCGCGACGGCCGCCAACCCGACGGGCUUCCCGAUGACCGGCGCGGCGGCGGGUGACAUGAACGCCGCCGUCAGCGCCGCGGACAACUAUUUCAACAGCGUCGGCAGCCAGCAGAUGGCCGCGCUCGAUCUGGGCGGUCGCGGCGACGGCGGUGCCGGGGGCGGUGGCGCGUCGCAGACCCAGUAUGUGGUCAACCAGAACCAGCAGCAGGUCUAUCAACCCCAGUUGGCUGGUGGUGCGGCGACGGGAGAGCUGUUGCUGCUGUAA